AUGCCGGGAAAGCAACCCAAUUUGUUCGCUUUUAGCGACGUUGAAGCUCUUGCGCCCGCCCUGCGAUCCUACAUCAUCACAUGUCAAAAUGCUGGCAUCACACGUCAUGGCGUCUUUAAAGUCGCCAUUUCGGGCGGCUCGCUACCUCAGACCCUCGCUAAGGCCCUCCUUGCGCAACCGAAAUCUAACGAAGACACGGUCAAAUUCGACAAGUGGGAAAUAUUCUUCGCUGACGAGAGAGCUGUACCUCUAGAUCAUGAAGACAGCAAUUAUGGUUUGGUUAAGAAGGAGCUUCUGGAAAAGAUACCAACCGAGCUAGGCCAGCCUACCAUACACCCAAUCGACACACAAUACCUAGAUGACACGCAGGAGCUAGCUGACCAGUAUGAAAAAAUACUUGUCAAUUCCUUUGCUAAGGGAGACUCAGUCAAGCUACCCAUCUUCGACUUACUACUCCUUGGCUCAGGCCCAGAUGGUCACACUUGCAGUCUAUUUCCAGGCCAUCCGCUUCUUCGCGAGACAGACGCAUGGGUAGCACCCAUCGACGACUCACCUAAGCCGCCGCCUCGACGGAUCACAUUAACACUACCCGUUGUCACACACGCUGUCAAGGUCGCCUUCGUCGCUACGGGCGCUGGAAAGAAGGAGAUCAUGAAGGAAAUAUUCGAGCAAGGAAAUGGACUUCCUUGCGCACUUGUCAACGAAGCAACCGGCGAGCGCUGUAGCUGGUUUACGGACGUCGCUGCCGUAGAAGGUGUCAGCUUCCCGCGACGUGGAUUCCUAUAG